UGCUUCCCUGUUGUUAAAUUCUUUUUUGCCAGUUAUAAUAAGGCUGAAUUCACACAGUUGUAGUGUGGCACUCUGGUCAGGACCAAAAGAUACUAGGUGGUGUGGGAUGGUAUGGGAUGGUUUCUUUGUUUGCUUGACAAGUUACACUAAGUGCACAAUUUAACAUGUCUGAAAAGGAGUGGGAAGAAGCAGAGUUUAUUUAAUCCUACCAUUUGUCCAUGGCUAUUACUGAUAAUUCAUUCACACCAUCAACUUUACAUGUUGACACUUACACUUGCUUAUUUGAUCAUUUACAUUUUGUUCACUUCCUGUAUGAAAAGAAGGAGUUCAAAUAAUAACACUAUAAAGCUUGUGCAGUGUUAAGGAAAAUUAAGAACUAAACAUUGCUAAAAUAAGAUUAAAAUUUCAUAAAAGUGAUAAAAUAGGAGUCAAUUCUUCAUCAAAAUUUAAAAAAGAGACAUUAAAUUUGUGAGCGGAUCAAAUAAUGCUCAGUAAAACUCACGCCUCGAUUAGAUCGUAUAUGUGACGUGUACAUUGUGUGAUGAAACUUGCAUAUUCAAUCAAGUGAGGAAGAUGUAGAUAGAUUUUUAGUUUGAUGGUCAAUGUAGCUGUUGAACUUGUGUGUGAGCAAGUGUACAAUGUACAAGAAAGAGGCUAGAUGUGUUGUAAGAGUGUACCCACGCUGUCAUGAUACAUAUCAAGUUGUGUAACGACGGGCGUGUGAGGGCUGACAUUGUCUCACACAUUCAGUGGCAGUUGCGUAAGUUGUCGAACACUCGUGUUGUUGGUUGUCAAGUACAAAAGGAGAAAUGGAUUUUGUUUGGCAUUCAGAGACCCACAAUGUGACGUCAUGACAAAUAUGGUCAUACAGGAAGCCCUGAUAUUGCAGUUUGAGGCAUGCAGGGUUUGGACUAUAUAUUAUCUGUAGAUUUCCUCAAGCACAUGUAAUGUGACAAUAAAUUAUCAUAAAGUGCAGUAAUAGUGCAGUUUCUUUGUUCUGUUCUGUCAAAGGUUGCAAUUUAUACAAAACACUUAACAUUUGGAGAUUUUUCGACAUUUCCCAUUAAAUAAAGCAUGGAUCUUAAUGACAAAAUUUAGGCAUAUGCAUGUGACGUCAACUCCAUGUGUCACCAAGGCAACGCUAUCCUCCUUGGCCUAGGAAGUACAGCUGAUAAGCAACACGUCACAGUGGAGGAUUGCAGACGAAACAUGAAACAUGUCAAGGUAAAAUGCCAUCUAAUAUACCUAAAAACCAACCCAUGUCUGAAUAUAAGAAACUAAACCUAUAUCCAAUAAGAAGACAAAAUGAACCUAUUGGAGCGAUCCUCCUUAUUACAAGCCAGUGUACCAUUUGCCAUUUUAAGAUGACUGUACGUGUUGAAACGUCAACACUGAUAUUAUCAGUUAGUGUUAGUGCUGGACGCUGUGUCCUUGUAUAUGAACCCUCAUUAGUGUGUUAACGCUGACAUGGCGGCUGUGUGUGUGUGUUCAUGUGUGGCUGUGUUCAACCAGUCUGUCUGCCUGGGUGGUGCUCUCGUGGUCUCCCACUGUGAGCAUGGAAGCAGGCAGAGGUGACUUUUAUUAUUAUUAUUAUUAUUAUUAUUAUUAUUAUUAUGAUCUGUCAGUCUCUCAGUGUACCCAAAAGGCUGACUCAUGGUAUGCCACACACACAUGCGUGGUCCCACACAGAGUCCUACAUACAGUAUGAGAGGCGGAGAAGAGCCAUCUGGAGCAGGGACACAGUCUCCUACGACUACACAAGCUGGAAUGCAUGCUUAAUUUUGUCUUUAGUUUUUAAAUGACGCAAGAGAGCUGCUAAAUGUACAGUAUAUACAGUAUUUUAUGAUAACUUGUCAAGCGAGUAUACUAUAGAAUUGAAAUUUCGAUAUAACUUGUACAGCUUGUAUAGCUGUAUAGAUUUUAUUAUCCACUGAAAAAGAUUCAUCACGCAGCCAUUAUGGUCUAAAUAGCUGGCAACACAAGUGAGUGAGUUUAGAGUGAGCGCCAUUGUUAUCAAGCACUGCCUUAUGGGCUCUGGCCAGUUACUGGAAUCCUCUUCUACUCCUCCAUGAUGACAUAAAUGGUGGAGCUGGUGUAUGUUAUACACCUUUUAUUCCUCCCCAUUUCCUUCCUUCUACUUGAGGAUGCCCCACAGGUGCUCAGUUGGGUUCAGGUCUGGAGGAGACAUACAGUACUUGGCCACUCUGAAGCUCAGCAAGGCACUUGUCAUCUUGGAGCUGUGUUUGGACUCCUUGUCACGUCGGAAAACUGCCAUGCGGCCCAGUUUUGGCUUCACAAUAUCCCAGUACAUCAGAUGUAUGCUGUCCUCAAAUGACAGCUCCCCCAUGCUGGUGGCACUCAGGCAGCCUCAGACCAUGUUGUUACCACCACCAUGCCUGACUGCAGGCAUGACACAAUUUGAUACAACUUGAUAUAUUACUUACAGUAUAUGGCCAGCUAUUUAGGCAAUAAUGUCUGGCUCUUGAGUCAUUUUUAGUUGAUAGUAAAUCUAUAUUAUACUAUGUAAUACUUUGUGUAGUAUUAUCCCUUGACAAGAUACAGUAUACUUGCUUGCUGGAAUGGAUACUUCUAUAUAUGUGUAUGUUUAGGGAACUGAGCACCCCUCCGCCCAACCCCACGCCACUCCACCCCCACGUACACAUCAAUACAAGAGUGCUAACCAUGCACCAGUUGUCACAUCCUGCACCACACAUUUGGACCCCCCAGAUCCAUGCUUUGGCAUCCUUUGUUGUAUGUGACAUGUGUUUAAUAUCUUCUUAUACAUGGUCUGUGAGCGUGUGGGAGAGUCAUGUCCCACCCGUUCCCACAUCUGUCAAUCAUCAAGGCUCUUCCUGUUCCCUUUGCAGGGCUAAUGGUCCCCGCCUGCACUUAAAUGAAGUGUGAUAACAGUAAUGUCAAUGAAUGUCACAAAGGCACACAUUCAAGCUGUUUGAAUGAGAUGUUUAUUGUGAUAUAGACAGUACCUGCACACAAGCAUUCACCUUUAUUGUGAAUACAUGACAAUGUACUGCUUAUUGAACUGUCAGUACCACUUGACAAUAGACUCCAUUGGACCCUGGUGGCACACACUUCACUGCUCAUCACUACAACAACACUUCUGUUAUCAGUGAGCAACUUGUUGUGAUGUGAGGCAACACAGUGUUCUCAUUAUAUUUGUCUUGUUGUUGUGGUUCAGCUAGCCCAAAAUAACCUGUGUGAGCUUGUAUUCUUUGUCAUCUUCUUGCCAUCAUCCGUGACACACACACUCCCAUUCUCCCUGCGGCAGCUAAUUUUGCCUCCCGUUGUCUCACUGAGCCAGGACUUUCUAAAAAUAGCCACUGUGUGUUUACACAGUCGCUUUGUCCGGUUUUGCUUUUUUAUUACUGACCGCAAAAAUGGCCACGUUGGACAGAAAAGCCUGGAUGUUUUUGGCCUGUGUAAGAACCACGUUUUGGGUUUUAGAACUUCUGUAUUGCACAGAAAACACACUUAUCGGGAGGUGGAAGUCUCAGUAAUAAGACCACUACACUGCUUCGUUAUCACUGUCCAUUUCAUAAGCGCAGAACCUUUGGGAUGAUGGUUGCGACAGUGGAACAGCUAAGACUAAGCAUGCUGCCAAUGUUGGUUGGCAUUUUUCCCCUGUCUCAGCAUUUUACCAUGUCUACAUUAACUUCCAUGAUAGCUUUCCUUUUCUUUGAUGCACCGCCGUCAGAAGCGUGUGCUUUGCACUUGGGAGACAUAACGAAGAGCAAAAAGUUAAUAAAAAAAGAACAAAAGUGACAUUUUCCUUCUUCAAUGUAGCUACCUGGGACUAUGGACAAUCAUCCCUUGCUACGUCGUGGUUCAAAAAUCGCUCCCUCACUCACGUUAAAAAAAAAAAAUCACUGUUUCGUGGUUGAGUACAGCCCAUUAUUAGUAAAAAAAAAAAAAAAAAAAAAAAAAAGCAUAUAUAUUCAGCAUUUUCAAGCAUAAAAUGGCUAAAUGACUAACUAAAUGAACUAAAAUACAAAUACACGACAGAAGAAGCAUUCUAAUUGUGAAUGUAGUGUUCUACAUUGGCCACAGGGGUGCCAUUCUUCAGUGAGACAGGCCCUAGACUCGUCACUAAGGUUCCCUACGGAACCUUGGCUUUAUUUACAUCUUAAAUGGAAUAUUUACUCUUAUUUUGUCUACUAUAUUGGGCAAUAUAGUAGAGUGUAAAUCCAUUAAAAGCCACAAUUCCAGAAAAAAACAACAAGGAACUGCUAACGGGUGAGUCUUAUUUGUGUCUAAUAUGUCUUAUUUUCUCUUAUUGGAUAAUACAAACGUGAAGGGGACUACAUGGUGUUAUUUCAUGUCUUGACGGCUCUCAUAAAGUUAAAACCGUAUUCAGAAGAUCAUAAACUGGUUUUCUAUGCCAUAACUACGAAAAUAUUUGCAUUUAUUAAUAUUGAAUCCUACUUUCACUUAUCGCACUCGGGUCUGGAGCCAGUUAACCGCGAUAAAUGAGGGACUACUGUAUUAUUCAGCCUACGUAUUAUUCCGCCACGCGCAUGUAACUAUUUUUUUUUUUUUGUACAGUAUUAGUAAUUUUUAGAAGUGCAUCGUAACCAUGAAAUGUCAUCACAUGAAACGCCAUAAACCGAGGAACGCUUGUACUAAGAAGAUUAGCGUCUUCGCCUCAUUCAUGGUGACCCCUGGUCAUCUUCUUUAGAGUUCUAAAAUAUUGGUGGACCAGCCAGGACACCUCUCAUGUUGUGCUAGGCGGUAGGCGCAAAUGUUGCCAUUUAAAGUUGUUUGUCGCACAUUAGAAUGAUCUGACAGCGUUUGUGCGAAGACAUGAUGGGGAACACUGGCUAAUUUUAUUAGCAUUUAGCACAGUGAUUGAUUGGCUUGACUUAUUUUGCUGACAAAUACACACAAAAUACACAAAUGCAAUUACCACUGCCUCUUGUGGCUUAAAGGUCAAUUACAAUUUCCACCGUUAGGGAGCAUUUGAGCCCUUUGCAAUUAUUCCCUGCUGUUUGUUUAUGAAAGCUGCUUUAUAAAAUGAAUUCAGUAAUGUAUAUGUGUGUAUGUAUUGUGUAUGAGUGCAUUUCAACACACUAAAAAUAAUAUACAUGUGGGAUAAUUGCUGAGUGGGUACAUCUAAAUAUAACAACGCCGUCUAAAAAUAGAUCGUCACAUGGAAAUAUGCUGGCUAAGUGUCCAAGCAGAAGGCACAGGAGUACACGUGUGCAAGGAGAGUGUGUGUGAAGAGGUGUCAGGUGGGCGGUUCUGGUACUGGGAGUCGUGAUGCGGUCUGACUCGGUCCCACUGUGCGCUGUCAGGGAAUUCCGGGGCCGUGGGGUGACGUCAGCGUGUGCGUGCGUGGCUGUGUCCCUUUAAAAAGUGAGCGAAGCGUAACCUGAUCCGUGCGUGGCUCUAGUGUGAGAAGAGCUCGACGCGGAGGAACAUCCCGGCACUCAGGCGGCCAGCUGACCGAAGCACACGCGGAAUACUAGACUCCUAGUCGGCCACCUUCUGGCAUUUUGUCCCGGUGAAGCACGGCGCUCCUUUUAGGGAUUGUCAAGCUGCUUUUCUCGGGGAAUUCAUUUACCAAAUUGCGGAUAUAAGGACUGUAAACACCUCUAAGGAACCGGAUACACUGUUUGGAUUGGAUACUUUUCCUUAAGAGCGUGUCCACGAGACCCCCGAGAGAUGACAGGCAGACGAAGCUGAGGCGCAACGCGACUGUCAAUCAGUAAAGUUGGUGCUGCUCUGGAAGUCACCUGGCUUGUGGGUCAGUGGCGCUGAAGACAGAGGAGUGGGACAGUCAAGAUUUUGAAAGUGUUGGAGUGAGGCCCUCUCUGUGGCGCAGUGGAGGGCUUCACAGGCACAGCUAGUUUGGCUGGAUGCAUCACGCAGUAGAGCAGUUUGGCGGCCGUGGCACACGGGAUUCCUUCCCUCUGGAUGGAAUCAACCGGGGACCGUGGACUCCCGUGGGCAGCCGCGCCUGGCAGCCACCUGGCAGGUGUUUGCCUGGAAUGAACCAACACCAGCUCCUUCCCCAUCUACCUCCUGGUCCAAUCAAUGGACUUAACCAGCCCAGUAAAUUCUUUAAUAAUGGGCCUAUGCGAGGAGGAGGCGGGGGGGAGAAGCUCGAUCUCCCACAGCCAAUGUUGCAGAGGGAGCAGCCGAGACCUCAUCCACUUCAUCCUCCUCCCCCCCACCGGGCGUGGGAGCAACUGGGCCAGCUGUAUGAAUCCCACCAUCCUCCUCAAGGACAUCCUAACUUGCCUCUUCCUGACCACUCACUUCGCCUCUAUAAUGGUGGCUAUGUGGGAGGCGGUGGAGCCCCGCCUAAUCUGCAUCUCCCCCCCAGCAGGCCUAACCAACCUCUGAAGUUUGGGGGUCCUCAGGAGCACCUUGCUCCUCGGGGGCCGCCACUACUGGGAGACGAGAUGUGGGCUCAGGUGCACCAGCAGCAGAGAGCCCACCCUGGCAAAAUGCCCGGGGCUCAGCUGAAGAGACCGGCCUCCCUGCUGGGCGAGCACUCUGUCAUCCAGCACACUCCCCUGCCAUCCAUGCACCCGUCCACCCGCUCAGCCACAGAGGACUGUCCCAGCCCGAGCAAGAGGAAAAAGAGCUCAGAUCAGGUACACCAUCAGGCUCACCAGCGCUUCCCAGGACACAGCCAGGUUUUGUUAUCCCAGCCCCAUCACCCUCCUCCUAAACCAGCCUUCUGGAGCCCCCUUCACAAGGACAGCAGCACCUGGCAGCCUCAGAGUUCUGAUCGCAAGAACCUGCCAAUGCAAGACUUCCUAGCAAAAACUGAGGUCCAUAAACAAGCAUUAGGAAGCUACCCCCAUAAGUUGUCCCCUGCCAUGUCCACUCAACCCACAGUGUCGCCUCCUCUGAACUCGUCGCCUCCUAGCUACAACCAGGGAUGUGCACCUCCACUGCAGAGAGACCCCUUCCACCCUCAGUCUCCUCACUCCUCCUACCGCAGUCCCACAUCCAAGCCUAGUCCUGCUCCCUCCUGCCAGGGCAUGGAGCCCCAUAGUCAGAGAGGUCCUCAAGGCGGUGGCUUGGCACCCUCUCAGCUGCCAUCGACCCCGAGCAGAGGGGACAGAGAUCUGCAACGGCGCACGCAGUCGUCACCAGCAAACCCCCCAGCCAGCAACAGCAGUGUGCCUUACAGCCACUUUCAGCCUCACCCAGGACUCGGCCACCAUGGCCCCCCUGCACCUCCACCUCCUCCCACCAGCGCCUCCUCAGUACCUCAGCAGAGUGGGCCCUAUGAGGUGUGGAGGUGUCAGACCAGGCCCAGCGGUCAGCCCCUGGAGUCGGCCAUCUCCAGACGUCCAGGACUGCUACCUCAGCACCAGCAGAGCCACAAUCAGCCUAAGACUCACAUCAGCUCCACACGGACCCCCGUCAUCACUCCCAAUUUACCCCAUUCUGCUUGCUCCGCCGGUAACCACGGAAACAGCACGUCGUCUUUGUUUUCCCCAGGACCCCCCAGGACAGGCGACGACGUCAUUAGCAGCAGUGGGUCAAAGCCUCCUUCAAGGUCUCCUGUGUACUACAACGCUCCUCCUCCUCCUCAUCCUCAAGUUUUGACCUCUUCUCAGACAUACUCCCCAACACACAUUGCUCCCACUGUGGCCCCCCGGCACACCCAGUCCAUCGAGGAGGCUCUGGACAAGCUGGACGCAGAGCUGGAGGGCCACAUGCGAGCCGAGGAGAGCAGGAGGAGGAGGGACAGGGAGGACGAAGAGAGGCGCAGGAGAGAGCAGGAAGAAGAGAGGAAGAGAAGAGAGCAGGAGAAGAGGGAGGAGGAGGAGAGGAAAAAGCAAGAAGAGGAAGAGAGGAGGAGGCGGAGAGAGUGGGAGCUGCAAGAGAGGAAGAGGAGGCAAGAGGAGGAGGAGAGGAAAAGGAGGGAAGUGGAGAGGCUGCAGGAGGAGGAGAGGAAGAGGAGGGAGUGGGAGAAGCAGGAGCGGGAAAGGAAGAGGAGAGAGUGGGAAAGGCAGGAGGAAGAGAAGAAGAGGAGAGAGUGGGAAAGGCAGGAGGAGGAGAAGAGGAGGAGAGAGUGGGAAAGGCAGGAGGAAGAGAAGAAGAGGAGAGAGUGGGAAAGGCAGGAGGAGGAGAAGAGGAGGAGACAGUGGGAAAGGCAGGAGGAAGAGAAGAAGAGGAGAGAGUGGGAAAGGCAGGAGGAGGAAAAGAGGAGGAAGGAAGCAGAAGAGCGGAAGCAAAGAGAGAGAAAGCAAGAGGAGGAGGAAAAGAGGAGAAAAGAGGAGCUGAUGACAACAAAAGCCAAGGAGCAGAAUUCCAUGAAAAACCUGCAAAUACUUCUGUGUGGCCCCCCAGCUGCUGCUCCUCCAGCCACCGCCUCCUCACAGACCUCACCUCCUUACCCGUGGCUGAGCCGUGGCGGCACUCCCUGCCAGGCGCCCGAUAGCGGCACUCCUCUAGGAAGACUCCGGCCGCCUCCACUGACACCACAGACGGACUUUGCCCGUGAGAAGCAGAGGCAGCGGGACAUGUGGGGUAGCCCCCGCCCCACACACACUACCUCAGGGAUGAAUAAACCCCCCACCCUUGCCACAUCACACCAGUCCAAAGACCCAACGGGUGCUCUUCCGACGCUCCGAGAGCCGCCCAAACUCUAUCCGGCUUUUCCUAGAGACAACUUGCCGCCCUCUACUCUGACAGCACACCCCACCAAGACUUCACUCUACAAGGAGUCAGCUGACGGCUCAGACAGUUCUCCCUUUGAGGAAGAGACCUCUGAGUUGUCCACACUGCUCCCAGACGGCCUGGCCAACAUCAUGGCCAUGCUGGAUGAGUCCAUCCAGAAGGAAGAGGAGAUGUACCUAUGCGCCCCACCCCUCCUUCCGGCGCUCAAACACCAGGAAGACUUUGGAGCCAAUCAGCCUCACGCCAGCCCCCCCGUGCUCAGCCGCCAAGGCUCGCUGGCAUCCCCCUGCAGCCGCACGUCUUCCCUCAACGAGGACGAGGACGACUGCCUGAAAGCCUGCCCCCCUGACAUGGGAAUGGGGAACAGCAGCUACCGCCACAGUGACCUGGCCAAACUUUAUGGCCUUCCUGAGCAGGUCAAAAGUGAGCCCGAUGACGAUGAUGAGGAUUCUGAGACCCCGUCGUGCUCCCCACCACCUCAAAGGCCCCACCUCCACCAGACGGGGGUCAACAGUAUGUUCAAGUCUCUGGCAACGGUCUUGGAGAGCCAGAAGUAUGCCUACCGAGGCGGACCUUUCGGGAGGCCGCCGCCAUCGGCUCUUGUCGGAGUCAAAUAUUCCUCGUCGCUGUCGUUGGGUCCGGAUAUUUGCCGCCAGCAGCAGGGUGGCUCUCCGACGUCCGAUUCCACCAAUACCCCUUUCAGUCCAGCGGCCCCACCUCCAAAGUCUUCACCACCUUCUCGGCUUGAAGACAGGAAUGGAAACGUGGAGUGCGCUAGUGUGGAGCAAAAUGGGGAAACUGAGAACACAGCCUGUUCUGUCAAGGAGGGGCAUCGUUUGACCACCAUCUCAGAGUCGUCGCUGGCAGAGCUGGCAGACAGCUGCCAGGUCAUGCUCGCUCGAACACCACUCCUCAAUGUGGAAAAAGAUGCACGGCCCGGGAAAGUGGAAGGUGGACACAAGACCGAGAAGGUGAAGGAGCGACACAAGGACAGAGAGAGGGAGAAAGAGAAGAAGAGGAAACACGAAGAUAGGAAAGAGAGGAAGAAGCACAGAGAAAAGAGGGACGAGGUAGCCUUCUCUUCAUCCUCGUCUUCACAUUCUAGCAGCAGUCACAAGAAGCACCGGGAGGGAAAGAGCCACAAGGACAAGAAGGACCGGCGGAUUCUUUGCGACCUCAUCCUCCAGAGCAAAGACGGCUUGGGAAAGAACCGUAAUCACGACUCCGAUAAAAAGAGGCGCAAGGAUACUGCUGGUACGGCCUCCUCUAGCGAGGGUGAGCAUGCCGAGUGGCGGUCGAAAAAAGGCGCCCAAUCCGGCUCCUCGCUUGAUUCCACCAACUUGCUGAGGCUGAAGGCGCUGUCGGACGGGCCCCCGAAGGAGCUGAAGAUCCGGCUGAUCAAAGUGGAGAGCGGCGACCGAGAGACCUUUAUCGCCUCUGAGGUGGAGGACAAGAGGAUCCCCUUGGAAGACAUCAGCAUCAGCAACUCUGCCGCUGAAAUCAUCUGCUCUUGCAAGGGCGCCCGAGUGAAAGGGAAGUUCAGGGAAUCUUACCUUCUACCGGCUUUCUCUGUUAAGCCAAUCAUGGCGUCCGAGGAGCACAUUCCAAGCGAGAAACUCAAUCCGCCAACUCCCAGCAUCUAUCUGGAGAGCAAGAGGGACGCCUUCUCCCCUGUACUGCUGCAGUUCUGUACUGACCCAAAGAAUCCUGUCACAGUCAUCAGAGGCCUGGCUGGAUCUCUGCGGCUCAACUUGGGCUUGUUUUCUACAAAGUCUCUGGUGGAGGCCAACGCAGAGCAGGCGGUGGAGGUGAGGACUCAGGUGCAGCAGCCAGCCGACGAGAACUGGGACCCCAGUGGGACAGGCCAGACGUGGCCUUGCGAGAGCAGCCGCUCACAUACCACCAUUGCUAAGUACGCUCAGUACCAGGCUUCCAGCUUCCAGGAGAGCCUGCAGGAGGAGAAAGGCAGUGACGAGGAGGAUGAAGAAGAUGACAAGAAGCCAUCCAGCAGCUUGGAAGCACUGAGUAAAGACAACACAAAAGACAGUAGCAGCGGUGACCAGAAAGCAGUUGGCAAGAUCAUUAAAUUUGGCACCAACAUUGACCUCUCAGACCCCAAGAGGUGGAAGCCCCAGCUGCAGGAAUUGCAGAAGCUGCCAGCGUUCAUGCGCGUGGCAUCCAGUGGGAACAUGCUGAGCCAUGUGGGACACACCAUCCUGGGCAUGAACACUGUCCAGCUAUACAUGAAGGUUCCAGGCAGCAGAACGCCAGGCCACCAAGAGAACAACAACUUUUGCUCCGUGAACAUCAACAUUGGCCCUGGAGACUGCGAGUGGUUCUCUGUGCACGAGAACUACUGGCAUGCCAUCAAUGACUUCUGUGAGAAGCAUGGGGUGGAUUAUUUGACGGGCUCCUGGUGGCCUGUGUUGGAGGACCUCUACAACGCCAAAAUCCCAGUGUACCGUUUCAUCCAGAGGCCAGGAGACUUGGUGUGGAUCAAUGCUGGGACCGUUCACUGGGUACAGGCGGUGGGCUGGUGCAACAACAUUGCAUGGAAUGUGGGACCGCUCAAUGCUUACCAGUACCAGCUGGCCCUGGAGAGAUUUGAGUGGAAUGAAGUCAAGAAGGUGAAGUCCAUUGUCCCCAUGAUUCACGUGUCUUGGAAUGUGGCCCGAACACUCAAGAUCACUGACCCAGACACCUACAAGAUGAUCAAACACUGUCUGUUGCAGUCCAUGAAGCACAUCCAGAUCCUACGUGACCAACUGGUGUCUAAAGGCAAGAAGAUCUCCUACCAGAGCAGAGUCAAGGACGAGCCCGCCUACUACUGCAACGAAUGCGACGUGGAGGUGUUCAAUUUGUUGUUUGUGACGAGUGAGAGUAGCAGCAAGAAGUCAUACGUGGUGCACUGUGAAGACUGUGCACACGAGCGCAGUCCCAACCUGAACAGCGUGGUGGUGCUGGAGCAAUAUUCAAUGGAGGAGCUCAUGAGCACUUACGACUCCUUCAGCCUGGCCUCAUCAUCCUCCUCCUCACGGUGACACCACUUCCUUCUCGCACGUCCUCAGCCACAACCAAAACUCCUGCAAGUCAGGACAAAAAGUUAGCUUAUUUAAGAUUUGGUGUUGUUGUUUUUGUACUACUGCUAAAACUUGCCGGACAGCCAGUUGAAUUUGUUUACGCCCUCUUACUGUUUACAAAUAAACACACAGCAAGCCGCCAAUCAAACUUCAGUUUACUCUCAGAUGGUGCUUUGUCUUGAAUACUGAACUUUGUACAUUUUUUGUGGUGUGCUGUCUUUUUUUCUUUUUUAAAUCAAAUAAUUUAUUGUUUUUUUCCUAAACUAGAUAUAUAUACCACAUUGGCCUUGUCACUUGUAUUUAGAAAAGAGCAAAUGAAAAAAUACUAACAGAGAUAUGGAGUUUUUUCUAAAGCAUUAAGAAUUUUAAAAUUUACAUUUGUUUGGAAUGAUUCAAGACAUACGGGUUUUAAUGACUUUUUUGUAGGGGGAGGGGCGAUAAUUUGUCUGUGUUGUAAAAAUUUGUGUUUUUUAUGAAUUCUACAUUUAUCUCUCCUGGAAAUGAUUAACAUUCAAUUGUUAAACUAUCAGGGUUUUUUUCCCCAAAAUUCAUCUGGUGCUGAUUGCAAAUUGUACAUUUAAUUUAAAAGCAUUCCCUCUAUUUAUUGGAUAUCAAGGUCCUCCCUAUUUUGACAGGGUUGUACACACUUCUCAUUUUUGAUGGUGCUUGCCAAUAACAUAAAAAACAUGUUAUGUUUAUGUCCAAAAUAAUGCCACAUUUUCCUGUAGACUAGAAACACACUGCUCACCUAAUUUGUAUGCUGAUUAAUUAAGGGGAUUACUUUUUUCCCCCCCAAAGGUUUUGAGAAAUUGCCAUUUCUUUUGAUCACGUAGGAGAUUGUAAUAAUUUUAUGAUAUAAUCUGUUGCAUACGAUAAUGGGAUAGAUGGUGCUAAAAGUUCUUUUUUUUGAGAAAUCUAUUUUUCCUGUUGCAAUAUUACAUUUUUUCCUUCUUUGUGCUCAUCUAUUUAUAAGUGCACUGUUUAGAGAGUUCUCACACACACACACAGACACACACACACACCAAACUGAGCCAGACAUGUCUUAAAACACUUUGUGAAUUUGUGUGACAUUACUAUGACUUAUUAAUAAACCUACAAGACUUGUA